AGCGCAGCUCAGGUCGUGAACACUUCGUACAUGUACUCUGCGGUCACGGUACGGCACUGGAAUUUUUCUGAAUGAUCCGGCGUCAGAGUGCGAGUCAAAUGUACUCAAAGUUACUGGAAAUGAAGUGCGUAUUGUGUCUGGCUGUGAUGUGAAUGUACCGCAGACAAAAACCGAUCAGCUGAAAUCAUGGAUUCUACAGCGUCAACCAUUGUGGGAGUUGAUCCGCCACAUGUGCCUGGUCCCAACAUGGAUGAGCAUGCUUCAGAACAAGUCAGGAAAAAGAAACCUCCGAAGACCGGUCGCGAAACACAGCCAGGAAUAAUUUACCUCAGUAGGAUCCCAGCCUUCAUGAAACCUAAACGCAUUCAGCAUAUAUUUGGCCAAUACGGGGAGCUCGGAAGGACAUUUCUACAACCUGAAGAUAAAUACACUCGUCACACUCGGAAGAAGAAAGGUGGGAACAAGGCUCGGUGCUUCUCGGAGGGAUGGGUUGAAUUUAAGGACAAGAAGAUUGCCAAGAGAGUGGCACUGACCUUAAACAAUACCAGGGUGAGUGGACGGAAACGAAGUCGAUAUUACGACGACUUGUGGAGUAUCAAGUACCUGCAUCGGUUUCAGUGGGCACAUCUUGCAGGACAGCUAGAGUACGAACAGCAGGUUCAGAAACAACGCAUGCGCGCCGAGAUCGUGCAAGCCAAACGAGAGACAAGCGUCUUCUUGAAAAAUGUGGAGAAGAGUCAGUGGCUUGGAAGAAUGGAGAGCAAGAAGAGGAAGCAAGGGAAAGAAUGGACCCACCGAAUACAUCAGUAUAAACAGCAUCCUGUGGGUGAUGUUAAAUCACGCUCAGGCAAAGUCUCCGGAAGCUUACUGGGCAAGAUUUUUGCCAAGGCCGAUACAGACUCAUCGGAUAGACAUUAACGUGACAGCUUGGCAAAUGUGCGCGUGCAUGUAUCACAGACCGCAUGUUUGUGCACCAGAAAGCCUUGCUUGCAUUCUGCCGGCACCAUCAGACCAUGGACCAUGUGAAUACAUGUGAAGUAAUUACAGUGAAUUAACACAUAUAGAGUAGGUCAUUUAUGAUGCUUUAGGUCCCUCAAUGUCAACCUCCAUGAUCGUUCUAGAUAGUGUGUACAAAACCGAUCUACUCUUCACAUGUAUUGUGGGUGGCCUUCCGAGUUAUGGAGACAGUUUCUUUUGCUUGCAUAAGGAAGGUUGGUACCGAGUUGUGGAUGCAAAAAUUUGUCCAUGUUUUGGUCUUCGUAACAUCUAUUUGAUUCAAUGUGUGUAAUCCCUAUUACCCGGUUAACCCCUUCGCGCCGGGAAUUUCUUUCCGAAAGCCGACUCCCAAGAAUUCCAGCCUCACUUGGCCACGAAGGCCACCUGCUAAACCGCAAAUUCUCGGUUUGUGGCCCUGCGUGCUCAGCACGCUUUGAAUUGCACGGCGAAAAGGCUGAUUGUUCGAUGGCAUGCGGCUCUACUCACCCUUCCACAUUCCGGUUGCCUCUUUUCAAAGUGGGA